UAUAUAUAUGCCCUGUUCAGCUUCCUGAUCCCAUCAAGGAGCAAGAUAACUACAAAAGCUUUCUUUACACUUUUUUUGGUCAUAUUGGUGAGAUAGAGAGAAGUCUUAGAAACAGAUAAAAAAUUUUAACGUUUAAAAAGAAACAAGCAACAAAUGGCUUCGGAGCAAGAUAGGUCAGAGCUGGACAGAAGGGCUAGGGAAGGAGAGACGGUUGUGCCAGGUGGUACUGGUGGCAAAAGCCUUGAAGCUCAAGAACACCUUGCUGAAGGAAGGAGCAAAGGAGGGCAAACAAGGAAAGAGCAACUCGGGACUGAAGGGUAUAAGGAGAUGGGGAAAAAGGGUGGCCUGAGCACUGGCGACAAGUCUGGCGAGGAACGUGCUUCCGAGGAAGGAAUCGAGAUCGAUGAAUCCAAGUACAAGACCACCGGUUGAUUCUCUCUUGUGAACUAUAGCAAUCUAGUCCAUCUAGCUUUGCAUCCGUUGUCAACCUAGCUAGCUUUUGUCUUUUCAAGUAGUAGUUUCCUUUAACUUUUUCUUUUUUCUUUGUUUUUGCUUUUAAGGAAGGACCUUUCCUUUCUGUUUUGUAUCUUCAUCAAUAAGUUGACACGGGUGCUGGUUCUAGUAGUUCUAGAUAAAGUCCAGUAGACGGGUUAAUUGGGUUGCAUCUCGUAAUUAAUGAACUUUUCUUUUCUUCCCUUGUAA